AUGUUCGGGAAACCAGACAAAAUGGACGUUCGGUGCCACUCGGACGCAGAGGCUGCCCGGGUCUCCAAGAACGCGCACAAGGAGAGCCGGGGCAAGGGCGCGGAGGGGAACCUCCCCGCCGCCUUCCUCAAGGAGCCGCAGAGCGCCUUCUCGGCGUCGGGCGCGGCGGAAGAUUGCAACAAAAGUAAAUCCAAUUCCUCAGCGGACCCGGACUAUUGCCGCCGGAUCCUGGUGCGAGAUGCCAAGGGAUCCAUCCGAGAGAUCAUCCUGCCCAAGGGCCUGGACCUGGACCGGCCCAAGAGGACGCGCACGUCCUUCACGGCGGAGCAGCUCUACCGGCUGGAGAUGGAGUUCCAGCGCUGCCAGUACGUGGUGGGCCGCGAGAGGACCGAGCUCGCCCGGCAGCUCAACCUCUCCGAGACCCAGGUACACAGUGAAGAAAAUAAUGAGCGAUUCCAACGCGGGUAG